AUGUAAUAAUUCAGAGGAAAAGCUGUUCUGAAUUUCACAACCCAAAUGGGGCUAUAUGGGAUUCACCCAGUAUGGGGGCUUAGUUGUUUGUCGCGGGCUCUUCAGAAAGGUCGCUAUGGAGCGGAAAAACUUUAGUGCGGAAUAUUUUGAAAAAGCUUUGGCCAAAGCUUACGGUUGCGAAAAAUUGAGCGUGGAAAAUUGUAAAAUCGAAGUUGUGAACCAGAGCGGCGAGAACUUUUGCAGCGUUAUCUAUAGAGUGGCCUUACAGUUCCGCCGAUCGCCUGAAGAUGUUUUGGAAUCAGGAAAAUAUAUACUUAAAGACCUACUGCCUUCAGUUGCCGAGCUGGGCACAAAUGAGAAACAGAUGUUUGAGGAAUUUCUUCCAGAAAUGACGAAGAUUUUAAACAAAUGUUCAUCUGAAUUAGGGGAACGCAAAUUAUACGCUGAAUGCUUUCUGACUGAAACCACUGCCGGAAAAGAAAUCUACCUCCUAGAGGAUUUAGGCGAUUUGGGCUACACCUCGUUGGAUCGGUUUCAAGGAAUAUGCCUAGAAGACGCCAAAGUUUGCCUGCGAAAGAUGGCGCAAUUUCAUGGCGCUUCAAUGGUUUUGUGCCAGGAACAACCAGAAUUUUUGGAUAAACUUUCGCCUUCCGACUAUGCUAAAGGGCUUUCAGACAAUUUUGCAAAGGCUCUGGUCCUAGACGGCGCAGAAUUUGCCGCCAAUUUUUUCGCUGAUGAACUACCAGAAAUUGCACGGAAAAUGAAUGCCCAAAUACCGGACACAUAUGCACGAAGAAUACAAGAUAUUGUCAAUCCAAAAAACUCAAAAUUCAAUGCGAUUGUCCAUGGUGAUGUUUGGGUUAAUAAUAUUAUGUUCAACAGGCCUGAAGAAAAAGCCGUACUGGUUGAUUUUCAAAACUGUUUUUGGGCCAGUCCGGCAAUCGACUUGCACUAUUUCUUCUACACCAGCUUGCGGAUAGAAGUUCUCCUCCAUCGAAAAGAUGAACUUUUAAAAUACUAUUUUGAAAAUCUAACCAAGACCCUCACCCAUUGUGACUUUAUUGGUGCCAUACCGACCUUUAAUGAUUUGAAGCUUGAGAUGGAACGAUGUUUGUUUUAUGGAUAUUACGCCGUUUGCUGCGAACUUCCUAUAUGUUGCGCCUCACCGGAAGCCAGUACCGACUUCAAUUUACUUCAUUUAAUGGGAUAUCCAGAGAAGAUGCUGGCGAAACGACAUGAGUUAUUUAAAUCAGAACGAGUACGUGAAACGGUCAAGACCAGCCUAUUGGAAUUCGAACAGAGAGGACUACUGGAAACGCCUUAAAUAUAAUGCCUAAUGUUGUUGCAUUUUUUGUUAGUUAACUUUGUUGAUUUUACUAAAAACUGACUGCACUUUACAAUAUUA